CUCCCUCGCAGCAAUAACAAAAACACAGCUCUUCAAGAAGCGUUCGGCCCUCAACUCAACGCCAUCGGGACUUCGAGGACGGGGACGACUUCAACGACUACCAGGACUACAGAGAAGGACUCCUUGACGAAUACGGUGACGACGACGAUAUGGCCCAGGACCGAGAAUGGAGUUUCAAGCGACCCGAGCGUCUGGACGUCAAGAAGCCGGGACCAGGGUUCGGCGUCAAUAACUUUGCUUUUCGCGAUGCUUACUCUCAGGACGAUGAUAGCGGGCAACUAGAUGAGGGUGCCGCUGAGAUCCCAAGUCUGCUAGGCGAGGGAGCUCUGUUACCUUCCAGACUGAUGAGCAAGAACAGCGUCGACUUGUCCAGGGAUGGUGUGGGCGACCCCCGCGGAGAAGUGGCCGAGAUGUUAGGCGACUUCGCACUUCGAGAAAACCAGGAGAUACCAGAUGUUCUGUUAGCGGAUGAAGGGGUUGUUGAAGAGGCCACAGACGAAGUUGUCUCAGCUCCCAAAGCGGAAAAGCUGCAAGAGAAGAAAGAGCAAGUCGAUGGGGCCUCUCCCGCCACUCCUACAGAAACACCAGCCAAGGAACUGGAGAAGCCGAAUUCCUACGUCCAUAUCAGCACGGCCGAAACACUCAAGACGGAAAAAGAAGGCGCCGACCUGGCUAGAUACAUCGUCAGGCUAUCUGGACUGACAGCCGCUCACUUGCAGAACUUGAAGGUUGGCGAAGACCGAAUAAUGUUCCGGAUUGGGGAGAACGCUAAGGGAAUCACUGCCUCGGAUGUGGCCAAGAAAGCAGAGGAACUUCGCGAUCAAGUCAAAGCCAAAACGGGCCAAACGAUCAGUCAGGCAGGAAUCGGCGAUGAGGUGAGCUUGGAACUUCAAAACUCGCAUUCAUCACCUACCACCAUGUUGGCGUUAGUGUACAGCUCCAACAAGAAACAUAUCGUUGCUGCUGCAGCCAUCGUGUGUGGCGUCAUGGCUGCUCUUCUGGUGGUGGCGUCCGUCCUGUUUUUCCUGAGGAGGAACGCCAAAUCCAAGGCUAAGCUACUUGGCCUCACGGCUCACGACACCGAAGCUUCUAAGGACUACCAGGUACCGGACCUGUGUCGAGCUCGUAUGGCGGGAAAAGCUGGAGAAGGCGGGAAAGUCGAGCCACCGACGACGCACGUGCCAACCCAAAGGAUCGCCAGUCUCUCCAAGGACUCGGACAAUGGGAACAACUCUCCCUCAUCCAGGUCAUCAACGAGUUCAUGGAGUGAGGAACCCGUGGCAUCCAACAUGGACAUUUCAACUGGUCACAUGGUUUUGAACUACAUGGAGGACCAUCUGAAGAACAAAGACCGACUGGAACAGGAAUGGAUUGCCCUGUGUGCCUACGAAGCGGAGCCCUGUGCCACUACCAUUGCCAUGAAGCCUGAGAACAGUAAGAAGAACCGCUACCCCGACUCUGUGCCAUACGACCACAACAGAGUCAUGCUCAAUUCUCAUGCCAACGUGAACGGAUCAGAUUACAUCAACGCAUCUUCCAUCCAGACUGAUCACGAUCCCAGAAAUCCAGCCUACAUUGCCACCCAAGGACCUCUGAACACCACCGCAGCUGACUUCUGGCAGCUGGUGUGGGAGCAGGGCAGUGUCGUCAUCGUCAUGCUCACGAGGUUGACGGAGAAUGGACUGGCGUUCUGUCAUCGGUAUUGGCCAGAGGAAGGCAGCGACCUCUAUCACAUCUAUGAGGUUCACUUGGUCUCGGAACACAUCUGGUGCGACGAUUACUUGGUUCGGUCAUUCUAUCUUAAGAAUGUCAAAACAGGAGAGACUCGCACCGUCACCCAGUUCCACUUCCUCUCCUGGCCUGAUUCUGGCACCCCGGCAUCCACCAAGGCACUACUUGAAUUCAGAAGGAAGGUGAAUAAGUCAUACAGAGGUCGGUCCUGCCCAAUCAUUGUACACUGCAGCGACGGCAUCGGUCGAACUGGCACCUACUGCUUGAUCGAUAUGGUGUUGAACCGCAUGGCUAAAGGAGCGAAAGAGAUCGAUAUCGCAGCAACUCUGGAGCACAUACGGGACCAACGGCCGCAUAUGGUGAAGAGCAAGGCGCAGUUCGAGUUCGUGUUAAUGGCAGUAGCUGAAGAAGUGCACGCCAUCCUGAAAGCCCUUCCCCAAUAGCCAACAACCCUUUGAUGACGACCCGGCGAGACUACAUGGAUUUCAAAAUUUUCAUUGAAGAAAAAAUAAAAAUAAUACAAAAAACUAUGUGGGGGAAGCCCAAUGGGAAUCACUUAUUUCUCUGCAACAGAUCAUAAUAAUAAUCCGUCUGGGCUCCCCCAUUUCCCCUCACUCAACCUUAUAAUCCUCAUUUACACUCCCAGAAACCCAUGUAAACAAUUCAGUUGCCCAACUAACUCACCCCAUCAACACUUACUCCCUUUUCCACACUCCACUGACUCACCAGACACCACAACUGGUCGAAGUAAUCCUUCCAGGAAGGUGGUGUUGCUGUGAACCUUUGCUGAGUGACCAACAAUGGUAACGGGGGAAAUUGAUUUCAUGAAGUAACAGAAUACAGGAAGAAGAGAUACACCAAGGAUUCCCGGUAUAUCGAUGGUGGUUCCUCUUCGACGGAUCUUCGUUUGUCGCCUAUGUUUACUUUCUUUGGUACAGGGACACUAAAUUGACUAAAUCAAUUAAAAUUAAACUAUAUAUUCACUAGCUUGAUCCUAAGUGAAUUUAUGCUUGGCCCUAAGGAUAAUGGAUGGCUUUUUAUUGGACGUAUAUAUUAUACUUACAGGUGUCAGAGGAUAAUUAUAUAUGAUAUAUAUUUUCUUUCAAUGUUUCCAAAAUAUGAGUAUAUAGGAAUAUAUAUAUAUAAUAAACUACAAUUGUGUAUAAGUGGUAAUUAACACUGUAACGUUGUGUAACAUGCAGACGUCCACCAAGUCACACUCAGUUACACAAUCUUUAAUAUUAACAUUAAACCAAUUACCCUAAUGCAUUAUUAUGUUUAAAAUUUCCAAAAGUAUCGAAUUGGCAUGGCAAACCUUAUAAACAUAAAAGUUCCACGGAAGCCUCUGCUUUCGAUUCACAGUAAAUGAUAAAUGAACAAAAAAGGUUUUGUAACUGAGUACGGUAAAUGUACUACUCCAUGACCUCUAACUGUCCGCUUUAUUUUCUCUACAAAAACGAAUCUCCAAAAUGAACAAAAAAAGGCCGAAAACAAAAUAAAAAAAAAGAAUCACAAAAAAAUUAAAACCCGCCUUUCUAUUCAUUGACUGGAAGCGAAGACCGGUCCCCCGAACCUCUUGGCUGGUAUUGCCCUCCUCCUCCUCCUCCAAAUAUAAGAAGCCUUCUUGGAUCCAGCCUCCCAAGAAGGCUUCUCUCAGCCAAUCAAGUUCUUCGGUUGGAAGUCUCGCUCAGCCAAUGGAUUUCGAUGUAUUCGCUUUCCUACCCCAUCUCCACUCCCUUCCCUCAACCUUCUCCCUUCCCUCCCUCCCUCCUUGCCUCCCUCUUGUCUCUCUCCUAUGUAGAUCAUAAUGGAUAGUGUUGUGAUAGAAUUAAGGUAAAUUAUAUUGAUAUAUAUAAAUAUAUAAAUAUAUAUUAUGUUGUUACCCAGAUAUGAGAUCAAGUGUCCAUGAAAAGAAUGAAAUCUGUGGAACUGGGAAAAUUCUUUCGUCUUCAUGGGAACUUUUAAUAAAAUAGAUAUAAAAUGGAAAAAAAACUUUCAUCAAAUGUUAUUAUGGCAGAGAGUACGUUUCUAAAGUUAAUAACAGAAUGGAGGAAAGAUCUUAAAAUGCUCGCAUUAACAAGAAAACUGUCAAAUAAAAUUGUCACAAAAUUUCCAACGGAAAAAAAUAAUCAUCUCUCUUUCUAUAGUCUGCAAAACUAAGAAAUUAACGCAAGAGGAUUCACAUGUUCAUACCCCUAGGAAACGCUGUAAACAAAAAAGAAAAAAGUAAAUAAAUAAAACUUUGCAGGGACAUCAGCGAGUGUGUGUAGUUCUGUUCCAUGUCGUUUCUGUACAUUAGAUUAGCAUUAUUUUCUUCUCCAAAUGCUACAAAAUAAGCUACCCUUGGUUUUCUAUUUGCUCUCUGGUACAAAAAAAAAUCUUUUUUAAUCUAACCAACACAAUCAUCAGUUAUGAUUAUUAGUCAUAUUUUGGUUAUAUUUAUUGCUUAGAUAUAUGAAUAAAUAUACAUAUAUAUAUUUUCCUUUGAGUUACACGAACUAGAUUUCAGGACUGGACUAAUGUAGCCCUUGUGGUCUUGGAUCAUGAGGGUGAAUGCCCCAGUCAUCUCGACGCCAAUAAAGUGAUUUGGUGGA